UUUGCAGAACGCCGGUAAAUCUGAAAAUAUCAGCCAUGCUUUGCUAAAGAGCGCUGAACCCUGUGGUGUAUUGGGCGGCUCUUUUACGUGCAGAGAGUUUCAGGUGAAAAUGUCCGGAGCGAAGGCGUCCGAGAAAGCUCCAUCUACAAACUGGAUCCUGCAGCAUCCCACGUACCAACAGAUGAAGGAGCUGAACGUGGGGGAGAGUGAGCAGAUCCACGCAGCUUUUCUGGUCUACAUGGAUCUUACUGAGGUGCGUCGAUGGAAGGAGGUGUCCUGUGUGAAAAGUCUGGACCUGCAGGUGGUUCUGCUGGAGGCCAGGGAGAAGGAUGGAUCUCCUGUUCAUACUGUCCUGCCGCUGCCUGUUCACCAAUCUCUGUGCCACCAGAGCAUCCGCCAGGUGCUGGACCGAGGCUUUCCUAUGCUGCUGUGUGCCGUGGCGUCCGACUCUACCCUGGUCUAUCAGAGGAUGACUGAUGGGUUGGUGACCCCUGACCCCCCUGUAGGUCCCUUUGAGGAUGCGGGGCGGCGGCAGCACCGAAAGAGGCGGCACCAUCGCUGAGAGGCUGAGUUAGUUACUGAUGACCUGAGGAGCAGCAGGAAGCAUGAGGCUGAAAGCCCGCUGAGAUGUCUAUCUCCAGUCCGGUUCUAAGAUUGGCUGGCAGUGUGGAGGUCCCAUAUCUUUCAACCAUGUGGGUUCACCACUUUUAGUCCUUCUUUUUCCCUACUUAUGCAGCUUUACAUCUUGAAACAGAAAAUCAGUGUAUUCCUAUGGCAUUUCAUGGUAGAAACAGUUCUCCUACAUAACAGUCAACUUCCACUUCUUUGGGGUUUUAACUCCUUAUGAAAUUUCCUUUAUGUGUUCAGCGCCCCCACAAGGCCACAGGGUUAACAGCAAUAGAAUCUGUUUAGUUUUAUUAUUUAAAAUAUCAGUUUGGUGCCAACGUAUUGCAUAUUGUAUCACAUGAAGAAUGAAGAGAAUAUUUUUAUCACUACAUAUUUUGUUUCACCCUGAGACUUGCUGAAGAGGAGCAAGUCUUCGACACAUUGCUGAAUACUUCAUUUGGAAAUCAAGAAACAAGAGGAUUUUGAAAUUAUUUUACAACAGAAGGUUUGUGUUAAAAAGUAUUUGCCCCGAUGAAUAUAUUUUUUUGCUUUUUUUGUUACACUUUAUUUUUUCAGAUUAUCAAACAAAUUUUAAUAUUAGACAGAUAAACCCCGAGUAAAUACAAACAUCAAGUGAUGACUUUAUUUCUUAGGUGACAAAACUGUCCAAACUGCCAUGGCACCAUAAGAAAAAUAUAAUCAGGUCACACCCUGGCCUGAUUACUGACUGGGCUGUGGAAUCAAGACAUCACCUAAAUAGAGCCUGUUUCAUGGCAUAAAGUAGGCUAAAGGAUCCGAAAAUGCCCUGAUCUAAAGAUAUUCAAGAUAAGAUGAAAAAGAUUGACAUCUAUCAGUCUGGAAGGGGUACAAAUCUGUUUCUAAGGCUUUGGGGUUCCAGUAAAUCAGUAAGAGAAUUAUCCAUAAACGGAGAACACAUGGAACAGUGAACUUCCCAGGAGUGACCUGCCUACCAAAAUGACUCCAAGAGCGCAUUAACGGCUCAUCCAGGAGGUCAUGAAGGAACCCGGAACAACAUCUAAAUCUCUGCAGGCCUCAGUUUCUUCAGUUAAGGUCAGAGUUCAUGGUUUAACAAUAAAAAAGAUAGACUGGGCAAAAAUGGCCUCCAUGAAAUUGCUCUAAGGUGGCCUGUCCCACCUUUAAGGAAUUAAAUAGUUUGAAAAUUACAUUUUGUAUUUCCUCAGGUUUGAUAAAUUAAUCUGAUAAUCAGAAACACUUAAGUUGGACAACAAAGGAAAAACAAGAAAUCUGCAACAUGGCAAAUACUUUUUCUCAGCACUGUAUAAAACUGUUCAUAUCCUGUAUAAGAUAUGGAGAUAUAUGAAUAAAUGGCUGAAUAUUUGA